AUGCAGAGUGCUGAUCUCUUUGAACUGAAACCAGUGUGUGUGUGUGUGUGUGUGUGUGUCUGUGUGUGUGUGUCUGUGUCUGUGUGUUGCAGGUACGUGGUGGAGUGUCGCUGGUAUGAACAGUGGAAGGAGUUUGUGGAGACCGGAGACCAGAACUCAUCGUCCUUCCCGGGUCAGAUUGACAACACCGAGCUGUUUGAGGACCUGGACUCGUACCACCUGAAGGAGCGCCUGGUGGAGAACGAGGACUUCAUGUUGGUGCCGGCUGAGGCCUGGCACAAGCUGCUGACCUGGUACCACAUGGUGGACGGCCAGCCGCCGCUGGAGCGCAAGGUGGUGGACCUGCCCAGCACUCUGAAGGUGGAGGUGUAUCCUGUGGAGAUCUUCCUCUGUCUCCAUAGCAACAUGGACAACGUCAUCACUGCACAGUUCAGCCGUGCCGACAACAUACACUCGAUCCAGCGGGCGAUGUGCGACUCCUUCUCGGUGCCGGUUGGCUCCGAGUGUCGUCUGUGGAUGAAGAGUUCUGACAGCAGCUGUGAGCGUCUCAGGAACGUCCACAUGAGCGUGUUAGACGCCUGUUUGAGCUCUGGGAUGACGGUGAUUAUGGAGACGAGGAAUGCUGACGGCACCUGGCCGAGCUCCAGACCUCAAAUCAUGAGGAACUCUGUGGAGGAGCAGGACUCGUACCGAGGACAGCCCGGAGUCUGCGGCCUCACCAACCUGGGAAACACCUGCUUCAUGAACUCUGCUCUGCAGUGUCUGAGUAACACUCCUCCCCUGACCGAGUACUUCCUGCUCAGCUCGUACCUGGAGGAGCUGAACUUCACCAACCCGCUGGGCAUGAAGGGGGAGAUCGCCGAGGCCUACGCCGACGUCAUCAAACAGAUGUGGUCAGGACGGCAUUACUCGGUGGUGCCGCGCGUCUUCAAGACGAAGGUGGGUCACUUUGCGUCUCAGUUUCUGGGUUACCAACAACACGACAGUCAGGAGCUGCUGUCCUUCCUGCUGGACGGCCUGCACGAGGACCUGAACAGAGUGAAGAACAAAGAGUACAUCGAGCUGCGAGACGCCGCUGGACGGCCGGACCAGGAAGUGGCUGAAGAGGCGUGGCGUAACCACCGACGGCGGAACGACUCUGUGAUCGUGGACACGUUCCACGGCCUCUUCAAGUCCACGCUCGUCUGUCCGGAGUGCCACAAAGUCUCCGUGACCUUCGACCCCUUCUGCUACCUGAGCGUCCCACUUCCUGUCAGCAAGGAGCGCGUCAUGGAGGUCUUCUUCGUGUCCCUGGACCCGUACGCCAAACCCGCACAGCAUCGCGUCGUCGUUCCUAAAGCAGGAAAAGUGUCUGACCUCUGCUCUGCGCUGUCAGAGAUGACCGGCAUACCUGCAACCCAGAUGGUCGUAGCCGACGUGUUCAACCAUCGCUUCUAUAAGAUCUACAACGCGGAUGAAUCUCUGAGCUGCAUCCUGGACCGAGACGACAUCUUUGUGUACGAGCUGAGCGCCGUGGAGGAGCAGCAGGAGGAGGAGCAGGUGCUGCUGGCGCUCUACCUGAGAGAGCGCUCGCACUACAGAGACUACGGCUCGGGCAGCAGCUCGUACAGCACCACGCUGUUCGGACACCCGCUGCUGCUCAGCGUGCCGCGCAGCAGCUGCAGCCAGGAGGCGCUCUACAAGCUGUUCCUGCAGAGGCUGGCGCGCUAUGUGCGACCUCCAGACCCGUCUGAAGAGCUGGAGGAAGAGGACGAAGAAGACGAGCUGUACAAGACUCAAACCAACGGCAUCAGUGACGACGAUGAGCUGGACGCAGCGAAGGCCGGCCCGUCUCAGACGCCCGCGUGCUGCGGUGACACAGCGGCUAACAGCCAAUCAGACGACACCACGAUUGCCAAGCCCCACCCCGACCUGAUCCACACGGAGCCCUCAUUGGACCAAGGCCACACGGAGACCAAGAACGGGUCGCUGAACCAGACCGAGCCGCUCGGAGGCGCCGACACUAACCCCACCGACACCACCAACAGCACCAAUAGCAGCCCCUGCCAGGACUCGAGCAGGACCACCGACCCAAACUCAGAACCACCGGCAGAGCGACCGGCACAGCCCGGUGAGACCACAGAAGAAGAAAGAGAGGAGGACAAGCAGGAGGAAGCGUGCUCGCCCAGCCCGCCAGCCAAUGAGCAGCCAGCAAAGAGGAGGGCGUGUCGCAAGAGGAGGCGCAGCCUGUUCACCAUCCAGGCGGUCAACUCCAACGGGACGACCGAGAGAGGGUCGGGAGAAGGAGGCAGCGCCGUGUCCUUCAGCUCUCAGCCGUACGUGGCCAUCGACUGGGACCCCGAAAUGAAGAAAAGAUUCUACAAUGAGAACGAGGCCGAGAAAUAUGUGAAGCAUGCGAGCAUGGAGGUUCCUCAGCAGCAGACGACGGUUCAGCUGCAGGAGUGUAUCGAGCUGUUCACCACUGUGGAGACGCUGGAGGAGGAGAACCCAUGGUACUGUCCGGUGUGUAAGAAGCACCAGCUGGCCACAAAGAAGUUGGACCUGUGGUCUCUGCCCGAGGUCCUGAUCAUCCACCUGAAGAGAUUCUCCUACACCAAGUUCACCCGAGAGAAGCUGGACAGCAUCGUGGACUUCCCCCUGAGAGAUCUGGACUUCUCCGGUUGCCUGCUGAGGAAGAAUCUGUCCAAUGGGGAGCCUCCGAGCCGUUAUGACCUCAUCGCUGUGUCCAAUCACUACGGAGGACUCCGAGACGGCCACUACACCAGCUAUGCGUGCAAUAAGGACAACGGUCAGUGGUAUUACUUCGACGACAGCAAAGUGACGUACGCCAGAGAGGACCAGAUCGUGACGAACGCCGCCUACGUCCUGUUCUACCAUCGACAAGACAAGAUCAGGAAACCCACUCUGCCCGCCCCCAACACAAGCCCCGCCUCCUCCACCAAGCCCGCCAACGACAUCACUUCCUGCAGAGACAACGACGGCGACGCAGAGCUGGGCGCCGCCGCCUCCAGCGUCACCAUGGAAACGGACUAAACGAGCCCCGAAGAUUUCGUUUAAUUCGACUUUUUGAUUUUUUUACACUUGAAGUGAUUUUUCUGAUUUUUCUGCCCAAAGUUACUGAAACAUGAAACAUGAAGCUCGUCAGCUCGUCAGCUCGGAUCUCUCUGAUCGGCGCCGCUCAAAGUUUGUUGAGUUUGGUUGCUCGAACGUUAAACGGACGUUUUUCAUACUCAGGUAGUUCGACAGUUUUUACGUUCGUCUGCUCGACGUUUGAUCAGACGUCCGGAGGAAAGUGCAUCAGUGUGUAAUCAAUAAUUCAUUUAUUAAUAAUUUCAUUUUCAGUCUGAAUCAGUUCGUCACACUUUGAGUUUUAUUUAAACGUGUCAGCAGUGAUCUGACCAAUCAGAGCUCGCGUUGCCGCUCUGUCUGUUUUAAGAAUUUUAAUUAAAUUGAAUUAUUUCCUCAUUUAAAGAAAUGAAACUGUUUGUAUUUGUAUGCUUCAUUUUAACGUUGGUUAGAAUUAAACACUGAACAGCUGAUCUGCGUCAGCGAGGCGUCGACCAAUAAGAAACUUGGACCAAGGAGCCGCGUGCAGGGGAUUGUGGGUAAUCAGAGGAGAACCAUAAUUUAACGUUGAACAAACGGAUCUCUGUAUAUUUUGUUUUUGCUGUAUUUAUUUUUUAAUUUCAGCGUCACGUGACCACUUUGUUUGGACGAUCAGCUGGUGCAGGACAUGAGAAGCUUAUUUUUCAUAUUUAUAGAUGAACUUUGUAUUCAGACGAUUUAAAGUGAGAGGUUUGAUUUUUCUUCGGUCUGUGCAGAGAAGCCUCUGUACAGUAUUUUUCUAUUGGAGAAAUGAUUCUUAAUAUUCGUGUUGUUGGGGCGAGCAGCAGGAAGCGUGGCUGAUUUCUUUCUUUGGUCUUCCUGUCAAAUAUCAGAUGGAAAUAUUUUAUUGUACCUUCAAACUUUUGAUAUGAAUAAAAGGAUAAAAUGAUUAUUACACGA